AUGGGCUUUCUAAAAUCCACCAUUCAAGAUGAUGAGGAGGAAGAUAUUAGCGCUAUUAAGCAACUCAACGCCGCCCGCUGUGGCGGCGGCGACGACAACCGCGCCUGGAGUUGGAGCUGGAAAAUCCCUUUUCAAAUCUUCGCGACCAUCAUACUCAGUCUCCCGCUCCCGCUCUCCUUCCUUCUCCUUGCCAGACUCUCCGCCGUCCACUAUCCUUCCUCCGUCGACAGUUCCGGCCGUUAUUAUCAAUUUCCGCCGGUGUUUGCUACUUUACUCUUAAUAUACAACGGUAAGUCCAUCAUUCUCUACUCCCUCGUGGCCGUCGUUACCGUCGCAGCAUUCAUCCACGGCUUGACCUCCACCCCGUUCCCAUUAAACAGCGGGUCUCCGACUCCGGAACAACCGGUUUCCGGCGCCCGCCACCGGGCAGCUAAGAUAUACGCUGCAUGGUUUCUCAUUUUCAUGUUCCAAGUAUACGUCGGAGUUGGCACCGAAUGGAGCAGAUCCGCCGGGAUUACCGUCUCCGUUAUCGCGGAGGCGAGUUCUAACGAUGUCUACGUGUUCACUGCCAGAGCAUUGCUGUUCGUGGGCCUACUCGAAACCAUGUCGUUCUGGUCAAAGUACGUUGUCAAACCCGUCGUGGAAGACGCCGUCGGCGGCGGCAGAGGAGGUGGCGGACAUCGGUUGGUGGCGGUGGCGGAGAGAGUUUGUGUGGCUUUGACCUUUGGGGCACUUUGGUGGUUCAAAUUGAGGGACGAGGUGGAUAUCCUGAUUUUGGUGCCGGAGCUAAUCCUCGGGCCCAUACAACGGCGGCGUGAUGUGGUGGUUGCGGUGGCGGGGGAGUUCGGUGGUUGGUGGCUGUAUGCAUUGACGUCGUCGAUCGGAAGCAUAAGAGUUUUGAAAGGAAGCAUUUGGGUCGUCUCCGCCGUGUUGACGUCAAGUCGUAGGAAGGUCGACGUCAUUGAGACUUCUUCUGACUCCGUCCCUCAGCAGAAUUCUCAUCAUCAGCUCCCGCCGUUGGAGGAUGUGGUCUGA